UAACAUCAAAUUCAUAACCAAGUGAUUUUUUGUGCCGCUUUCAAAUGUUGUGCAUGUGUGAAAUAUUCUCGUAAAGUUUUAAAUUUUUUUAUUUUUUAAUUCUGAGGGCAAAAAAUAUAUAUACGAGUAUACUACUGUGAUAAUUAAACAAAACCAAAAUUUAUCAAACCAAAGCAAGGCAACAAAUAAAAAAAAAGAAAAACAUGCAAAUUAAAAAAAAUAUAUAUAAUCGCUAAAUAAAUACUAGCCAAAAUUUUGUGUGUAAUUAAAACAGUAAACCUCAAAACAAAAUAGAUAAACUAGCAACAUUCAGACAACAGCAGCAGCAACAGCAACAACCCACCAACAAUCAACAGGAGCUGCAAACAAAAAUCUAACUGCAAUAGAAACACCAGUUAAAUCCCACAAACGGACGGACAGGCAAAUAGACCAAGGCAAAAGUUAGCAGCAAGCUGAGAGAGGGAAUAUUAUCUCGAAAAGCAAAAACAGAAAGGCCAUGUUGCAGUCUAUGAAAUUGCGCACGGAUCAACUUACGGAUGCAGCCAACAGCAAUGGUUUGGCGACGUCAGCAGCGGUGGUGGUGGAGAAUGUAGCACAUAACACAACCGCAGCAGCAUUAAAUCCAACACUAUACAGCACCACUAUUGCCAACAACAACAACAACAAUAAUAACAACAGUAUUAGCAACAUCAUACCAGGCACAUUGUCGGCACCUGUUGCUCGACCCUUGGGUGGGGUGAUAGCAACCUCAGUUGGAGUAACUCCAGCCCAUGCUAAUGGUCUUGGCUUAGUUGUUUACAGUAAUAACGGUAACAACAACAGUAACAGCGCCAGUGGCAUCAAUGGCGGCGGCGACACUGGCAUUAGCAAUAACAAUAAACAUAUGAUGGUGAACAAUAAUCAUUUAAAUAACAGACACCAACAACAACAACAACAACACCAACAAUUACAACAGUAUCAGGCCAUCUAUAUGGAAACAGCCAUGGCGGCUGAAACAACAGUGGCCAACACACUGGCUGCUAACAAAGUUGCAACAUCGAAAACUUUUCACCCCUACUCGCGUCCACCACCACAAACAGCAGCAGUAGCUGCCUUAACCAAUGCGGCAUCCUUAUCCCCACCUCCCAUGCUGUCGUCCUUUGUGUAUACCAAGCAAAUAAAUUCCACAAAUACAAAUGUUAAAACAACUAUAGCAACAACAAUAGUUGGCAAUGGUGCUGGUAAUACAGCCACCAACAGCAACACCUCUAUGGCAACAGCAUCAAGUGGAUUAUUAACUUUGGCAACACCACCGCCACCAACAGCAGCAGCUUUAACAAGCUCGCACUCAACGCCAUCAGCAGCAACUUUAUUAGCCAACAACAGCUUGGACCAACACCAGCAACAAUCAUCAGAAACUAAUCCUAUCACUCUAUCAACAAUGACUACUGGCAGUGGCAGUGGCAGUGGUGGUGGUGGUGGUAAUGGUAAUGGCAGCAGCAACACCACCGGCAAUAGUGAAGCUAAUUUAGAAAACGACAUUACAAACGAAAUGUCAUCGUCAAAUGAUAACUUGGCAUUGGCCUCAUCUUUCGCACCCAUGGAUUGUUCCUCAGACCCCGCUGCGGUUGAUGAAUUUUCCAAGGAACAACCAGAUCCUGAUACGAUAAAAAUGUUUGUGGGCCAAGUUCCCAAGGCAUGGGAUGAAAUUAAGUUGCGCUCGUUGUUCGAGCAAUAUGGACGAGUACACACGCUGAAUGUAUUGCGCGAUAAGGUUACCAUGAUGAGUCGAGGAUGCUGUUUUGUGACAUACUACACGCGUAAGGCUGCUCUGAGGGCUCAGGAUGCCCUGCACAACAUCCGAACCUUGGAUGGGAUGCAUCAUCCCAUACAAAUGAAACCAGCAGAUAGUGAAAAUCGUAAUGAGCGCAAACUAUUCGUUGGCAUGCUGAACAAGAAGUACAAUGAGGCCGAUGUGAGGCAAUUGUUCACCGGACACGGAACCAUUGAGGAAUGCACUGUGCUCAGGGAUCAGAAUGGCCAAAGUAAAGGAUGUGCCUUUGUAACAUUCGAUACGAAGCAACAUGCAAUUGGUGCAAUUAAAGCUCUUCAUCAUAGCCAAACCAUGGAAGGUUGUUCCGCACCUCUUGUGGUAAAAUUUGCCGAUACGCAAAAGGAAAAGGACCAAAAGAAAUUUCAACAGCUUCAGGUGGGUUUGUGUGGCAUAACUGCUUUGACCACACCGACUGCGGCUCCCAGAGCAGUUUUGGGUGCCUUAACUACAGCACCUGCGGCUCCGGCAACCGCUUUAAGUUCAACCACCCAAUUGGUAUCCACACCGGUGGCCGCCUCUGCGGCUGGCGCACGUUCCCAGCACACCAUGGCGUCUCUGGCUGCCAUGUCAGCAGCGCCAGCCACAAUGCCCACAGCGGGUGGAGCCUCCACAGCGCUCAUACCCACCUCCACGGCCAGCAUGUUUGUUCCAAGUCCCAAUAGUGCCACCCAGCCGACAUCGCCAUAUCUGACCACAGCCGAUGGAAUGCUACCAAAUUCAGCUGCCGCUGCUCAAAUGCAACUAUUCCAACAAUUACAGGCCUAUGGCCUCCAGCCGGCCCACUAUUUGCAAGGACUAAAUUUCCCACCGGAUCAUAGUACCACAGCUGCUGCCACAAUAUCGGCCAAUAAUGCUGCCGCCGCCGCCGCCGCUGCAGCAGCAGCCGCUGCCGCAGCCACCAACAGCACUGGUCCUGGCAAUGGACUAUUGGCCACCUCAAUAUCCAUGCAAAAUCUGGUUACCCUAGCCUCAAUGAACCAUGGAGGCACUACAGCCCAACAUACAUCUGCCUAUGGCUCUCAGGCAGGAGGACAUUAUACGGUGCCUACCAGCAAGUCACUUACGGCGAUUGCCACCUUGCCGCAAGGUCAUGGAGUGGCGGCUCAAUACACCACAAGUGCCGCCCCACAUCAUCUGGCACAUCAUCAGUCGCAACAGCAGCAACAGCCGCAGCCACAGCAGUCCCAUCAACUACAUCAUCAAACGAUGGCAGCCCUUGCCACAGGACCUGCGACUGUUCCCUCGUAUGCUGCUCAUUUGGCCGCUGGUACUGCUGGCCCCACACUGUGGACUGGUGCAGAUGCUCUUACAUCACAGUAUGCCCCAGCGCUUAAUCCUUUGACCAAUGGUGCUUAUGCUGCAGCAGCCGCUGCUGCCUCAGCUCCACUUGCGGCCACAGCACUGCAGGCAGCCGCCGCAGGAGUUGCUGGCAAACAAAUUGAAGGUCCCGAAGGCAGUAAUCUCUUUAUUUACCACCUACCUCAGGAAUUCAACGAUACCGAUCUCGCUUCAACAUUUCUACCAUUUGGUAAUGUCUUAUCUGCCAAAGUUUUCAUUGAUAAACAAACAAAUCUGUCCAAAUGUUUCGGUUUCGUUUCGUACGACAAUCCUCAUUCGGCCGGAGCAGCCAUACAAGCGAUGCAUGGUUUCCAGAUUGGCACCAAACGUCUAAAGGUGCAAUUGAAACGUUCCAAAGAUGCGGCAAAGCCUUAUUAGAGUUAGACAAAUAAACUUAAAAAAACAUAUAAAAGUUAAAGGUUACAAAAAAAAAGAAAAGAAAUCCAAAUAUCAUACAAAGAGAAAACCUAAACCUAAACAAAAACAACAAAAUAGCUUAAAUGAAAACUUAAAUGUAACUAAGAAAAAUAUAUAUAUAAUAUAUAUGUAUACAUUUAAAUAUAUUUAUAUAUAAGAUUGUUAUACGAGUGCCUUUAGUCGUCAAAAACAAAAAAAAAGAGAAGAAAAACAUAGAGGAAAAAUUUCAAACAAAUAGAACCAAAGGACCAAUAUCGAUGUGAGAGGUUUUGGAGGCUUCUCUGAUAGCAACAUUAUUAGAAGUAUUUUACAAAAAUUAAAAAAAAAAAAAAACAAAAAAAUAUAAAAAAAUAUCACUAAAGUAGUAAAACCAAAGAAUAAACAAAUCAAGACAUGUUACAAAAUUUUUAUACAUUCAAACAUGCAUAUGCCUGCAUAUUUUUGUUAUUAUUGUGGAAAUUUUGUAAAAGUAGUCACCAAAUUCCCCUAACCCUUAGACCUCAUUGUCAUCCUUCCCCAUGCAAUCCCUUUGGGGCGCAUAAAGGAUACUUGUGUUGUCUAUAUACAUAAAAGUAUAUUUGUUGUUUUAUUUUAUUUUUUCAUAGUUUUUAAUAAAGAA